GUAUUGAUCGCGGCUAAGCAGCUGUACUCUCGGGCUGGCAGUAACGUUGGGGCGGCCGUACGGAAAACACACGUGUUACACGGUCUCGCGAUGAAAACGUCGGUGUCGUGAAAACUACUUUCGAGGGAAAGUGCAAAGCCCUUUCGCUUUGACCCGAUCCAACACGAUUCUUUCCACGUUCGGUGUGCGCGUGUCUUCGUUGAAACGCGAUUUUUAUUUUUUUCCCGAAAUAUCGAACGAGUAGGGAUAUGCCACGUUAUAAGUUUAGUCGGCGAUUAAUCACGAUUAAUCGUAAAUAAUCGAAUACAAAAUGAAUCGUUUAUGUGCCGGCCGCGCGUUUUCUUUUCGUAUCGUGUAUGCGGGGUGCAGAUUUCUUCUCUAAGUUUUAUUAUUUGUUAAAGUGAUACGAUGAUGUUACACGUGAGGAAAGAAUUUUAGCGAAGAUGAGGAUCAGGAUGAGCACUGGUGUGGUUGUUUCGCGUUUCGAAAGAAAAGUGACUCGGUGGAGAGGACAUGUACGCGAGACAGCACAUUGGCUCUGUUUGCGCUUGUUAAUCAGUUCAAUUGAAUAACGUAUUAAUACGUCGGGGUCACCGUAAGGGGUUAAUCGCAAUGUCCACGCCGGACACGAUGGACACCAUCGAUGAAGCGGAGCAGGCGUGGCACGAGAUGUUGGAGUGCGAGACCGGAUCCCUGUUGGGCCGAGUCGCGGAUCUCGAGAGGCAAUCCUUGGCGCAAAGGGACGAGAUAGUUUGUCUUCGCGCUACUCUCGCAGACGCGUUAAGGCGGAUCGCACUGUUGGAAGGACGCGAAAAAAGGGAGGAUGAGAGGAACGAGAGGAGAAACGAGAGGAUGGUGUCCUCGCCCUUAAGGAACGGACACGUAUCGCUUAGGAGUAAUCAAAAUUCAACACCAGCGAAAGACGUACGUUUACGUCAAACUGGUUGCUUGAGAAAUUCAUCAUCCUCCGGAUCUUCUCAAGACGUUCGAGAUUCGAUUUCCAGUCCACGGAGGCCAGUCAGUUACACUCAUUCCUCUCAACUUCCUCAAAGAAGGUCAGUUCAUUAUCAAUCGACGGGUUCUUUACAUUCGGACAGUCCCAGUAGUAGUAGUGUUUCCCCGGUGCCAUCGCCAAGUCCUAGAGCUACACCACUGCCAGUAGCCAGAUCACCGACAGCAAGAUCAAACGGGCCACCCCAAAGCAGCUUAAGAAGGGCGAAACGGUGGUCGUCCACAGGGGAUUUUACGCAUUCCCCGCAAAAUCAGGGAAGCAAUUCGCAACUCGUGGGUGGCAGAUUGUCAGCCUCCACCAAGUCUUUGUUCAACCUCUUCAAGCCCCCGGCGCUGAACAACGUGAAACAUGGCACGAGAGAUAUGCAGUACAACGAGGAGGAGAAUACCGUCCGCAUGUACCUGCGGGGACGACCCGUUGUCCUCUACGUUCCGUCGCCUUUGACGGAGUCGUACGACCUUCACAAAGUCAGCACACCGCCCCAGAGCAAAUUGAAACUCGACUGGGUGUACGGUUACCGAGGCAGGGAUUGUCGAAGCAAUUUGCAUCUACUGCCUACCGGUGAAAUCGUUUAUUUCGUCGCAGCUGUGGUGGUAUUGUACAACAUGGAGGAGCAUAGCCAGAGGCAUUACCUGGGUCAUACGGACGAUAUCAAAUGCAUAGCCAUUCAUCCGAACAAAAUGGUAGUCGCUACUGGACAAGUAUGUGGGACCGAUAGGCGAGAUGCUAUGCCACACAUAAGGAUAUGGAAUUCGGUCAGUUUGGCAACUCUUUGUGUGAUUGGUAACGGCGAAUUCGAUGGUUCGAUUUGUUGCCUCUCGUUCUCGAAGGCAGACGGUGGAAAUUACUUGUGUGCGAUCGACGAGACCUCCGAUCACAAUAUCUCGAUCUGGGAUUGGCAGAAAGGAGAACGAGGUACCAAGAUAACUGAAACAAAGUGCUCGGUGGACACGGUGGUAUGCGCGGAGUGGCAUCCGCUGGAACGGAACCAGAUCGUGUCCUGUGGGAAAGGACACCUGUCUUUUUGGUCCCUCGAUAAUGGUGGUAUGCUGUACAAGCGAAUGGGGAUUUUCGAGAGCAGAGAAAAACCGAGAUAUGUCACCUGUGUGGCGUUUAAUCAAAACGGUGAUGUUCUUACCGGUGAUAGCAACGGUAACAUCAUUGUUUGGGGCAGAGGAACAAACACAAUUUCUAAAAUAGUGAGAAACGUUCACGAAGGAUCGAUAUUUUCAAUUUGUGUCCUGAAAGAUGGUUUUAUCGUUACCGGUGGUGGCAAAGAUGGCAAAAUUUUGUAUUUCGACGAAUCUUUAAAUUUAACAGGAGAAGAAGCACAAAUCGAAGAUCAUUUCGGUGGAAUUCGAACACUCGCGGAAGGCAGAGGUUCGCAGUUGUUGAUAGGAACAACGAGAAACUGCAUUUUAGUCGGUGAUGUAGGAAUGGGAUUCAAUCCAGCCAUGUUAGGUCACGCUGAAGAGGUUUGGGGACUCGCUGCUCAUCCAACUCUACCUCAAUUUGCAACAGCAGGUCACGACAGAUUAUUACAAAUGUGGGAUAGUCUCAGUCAUACUGUUGUUUGGAGUAAAGAUAUUGGAGAGCAAGCACAAAGCAUCGGGUUCUCACCAGAUGGUAAUGUUAUGGUGGUCGGAUGCACUUCCGGAAAAUGGUUAGCAAUUGAUAGUGAAACGCGAGAAUUAUACACUCACCAUAGUGAUGGUUCAGAACCUAUUCAGGUCGUUCGAUUUUCACCAGAUGGUACUUUAUUAGCAUUGGGUUCCAGAGAUAACUAUAUUUAUAUUUAUCAAGUUAAUGAAGAUGCAAUUAAAUAUAGUCGAGUUGGACGAUGUAUGCCAAAGAGGAUACGCAGACGUGGUGGACAUUCCAGUUUUAUAACUCAUUUGGACUGGUCAGCAGAUGGUCAAUAUUUACGUAGCAAUAGCGGCGAUUAUGAGGUAUUAUAUUGGAAUCCCGGAGUCUGUCGUCAGAUUCCACAAUCAUCGAUAAUGAGGGACAUGGAAUGGGCAAGUCACACUUGUGUAAUAUCAUUCGAAACGAUUGGAAUAUGGCCCGAAGGCGCCGAUGGCACAGACGUAAAUAAUUGCACGCGAAGCAGUGAUUCGAAAUUGCUCGCAACCGGAGAUGAUUUCGGAAAAGUAAAAUUAUUCUCUUAUCCUGCUUGUCAACCAAAGUCUUUAUGUCACGCAUACGGUGGUCAUUCAAGUCACGUUACGAACGUUUCGUUCCUUCAAGACGACACUCGACUAAUUUCCACGGGCGGAAGUGACACAAGCGUUCUUCAAUGGAUCGUAAACUAUUAACUCUAUUAUAUAAUUAUGUAACUGAAAAACAAAAUGAAAGUUACAGAAGCGAUAAAACAUGAAGCGGAUGCUCUUCUGAAUUUAGUGGUACAUACAACGUUCGUUAAAAGAAAAUAUGCGAUUCUUAUUUAAAUCAAGGAAAAGAAUCGAUAACGAAUAAACUAAUUAUUUAGAAGAGAAAUCUCGAUUGAACGAGAAAAGAUACUGAAUGCGGUUAAUGAAAUAUUAGCUAAAUUUUACCGUUUAAGUGUCCUUUACGAAUUGAAAUUACUGAAUGUCAUGUAAUUUCUUAGGUAUAGAACGAUCUUCGUAAUUUUUUGCUUCAAAAAAAAAGAAAAUUAAAAAGAAGAAGAAGAGAAAAUGAGAAAAAUUUAGCGAAAUCUUGUACCCACGAUGUGGCGACAGAUAAACUUAUACAACUUAUUUUAACAGCUAAUAAUAACGUAACGAAGUGUCUUUUACAUAUUUCGCAACUAUUUUUCAAACGUCCAAACGCUGAAUCUAUAUAUUUCUGUGUUCUUUAUCUAAUUAAUCACCGAUGAAAUGCACUGUGCUGUUUCUCACGUAAAAAAAAAAAAAAAAA